AUGCUCUUGGGCACUGAAAUGACAGCCGCGGAAUGCGAGGACGCGGAGCUGCGGUGCCGUGUGGCUGUGGAGGAGUUGAGCCCAGGUGGACAGCCGCGAAGGCGCCAGGCCCUGCGCACUGCGGCGCUAAGCCUGGGUCGUAACGAGCGCCGCGAGCUGAUGCUGCGGCUGCAGGCGCCUGGGCCAGCGGAGCGGCCGCGCUGCUUCCCCUUGCGCGCCGCGCGCCUCUUCACGCGUUUCGCGGCGGCCGGGCGCAGCACCCUGAGGCUCCCAGCCCACGGCGCUGCCAGGGCCGGCGCGGUGCAGCUACUGCUCUCUGACUGCCCCCCAGACCGCCUGCGCCGCUUCCUACGCAUGUUGCGCCUCAAGCUAGCUGCGGCCCCGGGUCCCGGCCCGGCCUCUGCCCGUGAGCAGCUGCUUGGUCCACGGCCCCGGGAUUUCGUCACCAUCAGCCCGGUGCAGCCCGAGGAGCUGCAGCGCGGAGCGGCCACCCGGGUUCCAGACACCACGCUGGUGAAGCGGCCUGCAGAGCCCCAGACUAGAGGGGCGGAACGUAGCACAGAAAACCGAAAGUGGCCCCUGCCUGUGAAGAAGCUGAGUUUGCCCCCCACCAAGCCACAGCUUUCUGAGGAACAGGCUGCUGUGCUGAGGGUCAUCUUGAAAGGCCAGAGUGUUUUCUUCACCGGGAGCGCAGGGACAGGGAAGUCAUACCUGCUGAAGCGUAUCCUGGGCUCACUGCCCCCCACAGGCACUGUGGCCACUGCCAGCACUGGGGUGGCAGCAUGCCACAUUGGGGGCACCACCCUCCAUGCCUUUGCAGGCAUCGGCUCAGGACAGGCUCCCCUGGCCCAGUGUGUGGCCCUGGCCCAAAGGCCAGGUGUGCGACAGGGCUGGCUGAACUGCCAGCGGCUGGUCAUUGACGAGAUCUCAAUGGUGGAGGCAGACCUGUUUGAUAAGCUGGAGGCUGUGGCCAGAGCUGUUCGGCAACAGAACAAGCCAUUUGGAGGGAUCCAGCUCAUCAUUUGUGGGGACUUCCUGCAGCUGCCACCUGUAACAAAGGGCUCCCAGCCCCCCAAGUUCUGCUUCCAGGCUAAGAGCUGGAAGAGGUGUGUACCAGUGACCCUGGAGCUGACUCAGGUGUGGAGGCAGGCAGACCAGACCUUCAUCUCUCUGCUGCAGGCUGUGAGGCUAGGCAGGUGCACAGAUGAGGUGACUCACCAGCUCCAGGCCACAGCCACCAAUAAGGUGGGGCGGGAUGGGAUUGUGGCCACGAGGCUCUGUACCCACCAGGAUGACGUGGCCCUCACCAACAAGAGACGGCUUCAGGAGCUGCCAGGUGAGCAGGGAGCUGGGUUGGGCAAGACCAGCCCAGCAGGGCUGACGGUUGGCCUUCUCACUUCUUCCUCAGGGCUGCCCCAGGUGCGCUUCCUGUGUGGACUCACUGAGGUCAUCCGUGCUGACCGCUGGACAGUGCAGGCCACUGGGGGCCAGCUCCUCAGCCGGCAGCAGCUACCCCUCCAGCUGGCCUGGGCAAUAUCCAUUCACAAGAGCCAAGGCAUGUCUCUGGAUUGUGUUGAGAUCUCUCUAGGCCGCGUGUUUGCCAGCGGCCAGGCCUACGUGGCUCUGUCCCGGGCCCGCAGCCUGCAGGGCCUGCGUGUGCUGGACUUUGACCCCAUGGUGGUUCGCUGUGACCCUCGUGUGCUGCACUACUAUGCCACCCUGCGGCGGAGCAGGGGCCUCAGUCUGGAGUCCCCAAAUGAUGAUGAGGCAGCCUCAGACCAGGAGAACAUGGACCCAAACCUCUGAGCCUCAGCUACGAAGAGGAGAUAAAUGGUGGUCUCCCCACCUUCCUGCUCCCUAGAGGGCCAGGACCCCAGGGAAUAAGG